AUGGCCUCAUCGUCGGCGGCGCCCAAACACCUCAAAACGACGACGUCCGGAGCCGGAGCCGGAGCCUUGUUCUCACUCCUAAACGACGACCUCCUCCACAACAUCCUCGCCCGCCUACCCGCCCCCUCCUUCGCCGCCGCCGCUUGCGUCAGCAAAUCCUGGAGCCACAUCUGCUCUCUCAUCCUCUCCCGACCCAAACUCGCCUCCGCCCUCGCUCUCAAUCCCAACCUCCAGGUCGCAUGGGAAGAGGUCACCCAGAAGGUGCUCGCCGAGCCGAUUCGGCCCCACUUCAUCAUCGCUAACGUCGGCAGCGGGUCCCGCCUCCUUGCUGUUAACAAGCUCACAUUGGAGAAAUUCGGGCCGAGAGUGCCGUAUGUUGUUUCAGUUGCGAGUGGAAUUCUCGGGAGAGAUGUUGUCAACUGUGAGAUUAAAGAGGUGCAAUGGGACCAUGUUUCCGGUGAUGUGAGUGACGAAGAUGGCUCGGUGCCGGCCGAGGAGGAUGGGAGCUACGGCAUCCUUUUGACUGUAGGCUUUUUGCCGGGUUUGAAAGUUGAUGCUAUCCCGCUGUUUGCGACGAGUGUAAAUCAGGAACAUCAAGAGGUCUUUAUCGAUAAGUUUCUUGUGGAUAUUAAGGAUUACACAGCCUCUGUUUCAGAUUACGCAUCCCCAGAAGGGAUUAUAAUGUUUGGUGAUGGGUGUUCCAAUAUGAGACCAGUAGUUGGUGCACUGGAUUAUGCUAUGCCCAAGGAAACUGUCAUCGUGGGUGAUGAGAAGGGUCGGUUUUUGUAUAGAAGCGAGAAUGAGUCUAGAAAUGUCUGUGGGAGUGCAAAAUGCAAUUCAGUUGCUGUUGCUCUUGUAUUCGCCAGGGACAAAGAAAACUCUUGUGGUAUAGGGGAUAUUCAAUUCCAUUUUGCAUUGUCCGAAGGAGUGUCAACAGUAGGUCCCGAACACAAGGCUGUCUCAGUUAGACCUAGUGCCGCUGAUUCUACUUGGCUUACUGCUAGAAGAGAAGGACACCACGAUAUUCUUGAUGGUCAACAAAUCCUUGAUGAUAUUAAGGAUGAGUUACAGGAACACACAGAUUCUUGUGAUCUAUACAUUGGGGUUAGAAAACGAAGAAUUAUCUGCACAGGGUCAAAGAAACGAAGAACUACAUCCCUGGAUUUACAUGGAGUUAUAGGUGGAGACGAAUCAUACCUUUAUGUCAAUGAUGUUGGCAUCAAAACUGGUGAUUACUUCCAUUUCUAUCACCCAGAUCCCCAAACUGCCUUAUCCUCAUCGAUAAAUCUUUCUGGAAGCAUGAAAAACUUGAAGAGAGUUGAAAAUUCAAAAGAUCGCUGUAACCUAGGCGAAGUAUUUGGGGGUUUCAUCUUCACUUGUUGUGGCCGUGGUGAGUCAUUCUUCGGACGUGUGAAUGUUGAUAGCUCUCCUUUUGUUGAGAACUUCCCUGGGGUUCCAUUGGGAGGAAUAUUUUGUGGAGGCGAAAUUGGACGUGGCUCUUCAAUGUUUACCAGGGAAGCUCAGAAGGAUUGCAAAUGCAAUCUGCAUGUGUACAGUACUAUUUAUCUUGUGUUGUCAUAUACUCCAGCAGUAUUAAAUCAUUAGAUGUUGCCUGCUGUAUAGCUCCUCUUUAGUAUAGAUGGGAGUUUCAGCUGCAACUGCCUUUUUUAUUGCUGGCUUAUGCUCCAGUU